AUGGAGUGGUUUCCAGUCGGUCGCAAUGAUUCCCCAGGCUGGCGGCUAGAUGUUGUUAGUCUGAUCGCCAUCCUAGGAGAGUCGCUGAUGGCCCGCCACAUACAACCACUGAGCUCUUCAAAGCUGUGUUUUCUCCCUCGCAUCCUACCUGCGCCACAGGCCUUUCUGCGAUCAGACCGUGCUUCACGACUCCCGAGCCCCGCAGCCGUCGUGAGUGGGGUGUACUCCGGCAACUUGGUCCAGGAACUUAAUUAUUUCGCCAACAUUAUACAUCCAAUCAGCUCAAUGAAUAAAUACCAGAUCAAAGUCUACAAUAUCCAAUGGUCAGCUCGAAGCAAAACCAAAGAUUCGUCACGCCAGGCUUUGGUUUCAUCACACAAAUUUUCGCCGAUCAAUAUCCUGACGGUCGCAUCUUCGUUCCUGACCCUUGCUGCAUUUAUGUGGGCAAUUAUGAUCAAAGACGGAGCUGCGGUUUUGGCAUUGAUAGCCAUGUCUGCUGCCUCUACUCUUAUUGGAUUUGCGUCCCAUUGGAGUCCAAAACUAGCUUCCCGUCCAACAGAUGUGCCAGUGCCGGACGGAGAUAUUAUAAUUAUCACACGCGAUGGUGCUUUUAUCGUUGUACAGUGCAGUGAAGAAAUUGCCCGAGAAUUAUAUAUUGGCCCAGAAGAAUGCAACUACUUGGUUGGUGAUCAGUCAUUCAGGAUCUUGGUCGGCAUUGGUACCUUACUCGUGAUUCUAUCGGUCCUAUUUCUUGGAAACUGCAAUUGGACUAUGCAAGCCGUGAUUGCGAUCAUAUACAUCAUUCUAAAUGCUCUUUACUGGGUUGUGUCCUUAUUUCAAGAGAAGUAUCUUUGGGACCUCUCACGGUACGACUGGCAAGAUGUGACGCCAAAGUACAUGGUAAAUGCGGAUUCGAGUACCGAAGGUGGCUCGUCACCGAGUUUUACCCGAACGUUAUGGUUUGCGAUCCAGGUCACUCGAACAAUACAAUGGGCCACCAACAGUGAUGCGGCUCCGAAAACAGCGGCAUGGAAGGCAUGGCUGGAGCUAGCCGAGGUCAACUGCGGAGAUAGAGAGUGGGAUGCCAUUGGUGAGAAGGAUCGGUUGAUGCGCGAAGAGCGCCUGAGGGUGGGCGCUCAACGGAAUUCUAAAGAUACAAAGGGAAUGUCAGCUACUCUUCCCGUCCGAGCUGAAACUGCUUAA